GUGUGGAUGUAGUUCCCCACCAUAAGAAGCAAUCUUUAACAGAAGAAACAUUCACCAUUCUCUUUCUGGAUCUCACCAAACUCACUAUCAUCAUUCAUCACUAUCUCAUAUAUCUGACACACACUUCACUUUUCACCACAUCUUUCUUUCCAAAUACCCUCCAACCCCAACAUGACAAAUUAACAACAACAACCCUUUCCCUUUUCAUCAUUCUAUUUCAUUUAUUUUCUCACAAACAAAACAUCCUUUGUCUCCUCCUAACUUGUCUCUCCAAUUUUUGUCCUCUCUCCAAAACCUUACAUCUUCUUCCUGUUUGUUUCUCCUUGGAAACCGUGUAACGACAAUGAAUGAGUAUGCUUCAUCUUCUUCUCUGGUUUUGGAUAGAGAAAGAGGAGAGCUUGUGGAAGCAUCUGUCAAACUGGAACGCAAAGGUGUUUCACCUGAGAGAAGUAUUGAAGCUUUGAAGAAUCAUAGUGAAGCUGAGAGGAGAAGAAGAGCAAGAAUUAAUUCUCAUCUUGAUACCCUUCGUACUGUUAUUCCAGGUGCUAAUAAGUUGGACAAAGCAUCUUUACUAGCUGAAGUCAUUACACAUUUGAAAGAGCUAAAAACAAAUGCAGCACAAGCAAGUGAAGGAUUGAUGAUUCCAAAAGACAAUGAUGAGAUAAGAGUUGAAUCACAAGAAGGUGGAUUAAAUGGUUUCCCUUAUUCAAUUAGAGCAUCACUAUGUUGUGAAUACAAACCAGGUUUACUGUCUGAUAUAAGACAAGCACUUGAUGAACUUCAUCUUAUGAUAAUAAGGGCAGAGAUUGCAACUUUAGGAGGUCGAAUGAAGAAUGUAUUUGUCAUAAUUAGUUGCAAAGAACAGAAUUUCGAAGAUGCUGAGUAUCGACAGUUUCUCGCUGGAUCGGUUCAUCAAGCUCUUAGAUCUGUUCUUGAUAGAUUUUCUGUUUCACAAGAUAUCUUAGAAACUAGAAAGAGGAGGAGGAUUUCUAUAUUCAGUUCUUCAUCUUUAGGAGAUUUCUUAUAAAACUUGUUUUUUUUGGUAUAUUCAUUCACAUGUGAUGUGAAUCUUGGGUUGUACAUGUGUUGGGAAGUUUUGUAGAUAGCUAGGUUGAUACCUGAUUUAAGGAUGUUUUAAUCUUUUGACCAAACACACAAUGAAUGAAACUUGUUCUAUGACAUUGUACUUUGUUUAGAGAGAAAUUUAUGCUGACAUAACUUCUCUUCUUUUGAGUAUUAAUAGGUCAAUGUAUUAUUUAGUGAACAUGUGAGAAAAAUAUGAUUGUAAAGCAAGCAAAACAUUGUAAGCAGCACAUUUUGAAUUAUCUGUCUUGACAUAUACUUGUGAUUAUUUUUUUGGAUUUGAAUUCUCUUGUCUGCUUUCUCUCCUAUUCUUUUCUACUUUCCCAUCAGUUAGGAUAACUAG